UCCAAUCAAUCGGAAAGUCAAAUAGGAAAAGAAACCAACUCACGGACCUCAACAUCGAAAAAUCGGCUGAAAGUUUUGUUGGAAAAUGUUUGCUUCUCCAAUCCUUCUUGCAAUUGUUUAUCUCCAUGUUCUGGUCAAGACACAGGAUGUAUAUGACUUGCCAAAGCCGGUUGUGUCUUUAAAUCCAUCAUAUGGGGAAUUUCUGGAAGGAGAGACAACAUUAGUGAGGUGUAGCUGUCAAUGUCCAGCCACAAGGACGCACUCCUGCUACAAUUCUGAAUUUAGUGACACAGCUGUUCCUGAAGGACAAUGUGAAACAUCUUUACAAUUAAAACCCUUAAGGAGAGGUGAAGCAAGUUACAGCUGUGAAUGUUUAUUUGUGACGGAGAAUGGAACAUGGAGAAGAUCAGGAUGGACUGAGCCCAUUCUGAUACAUGUCGGAGAUCACCUCUCCCAACCGACGAUCACACUCUCAGGUAGCGGUGCCAGUUCAGCCAUGGGCGAUGUCGUGAUUUCCUGCAAAGGUGAGAUUCGCCCCGACGGAGGAAUAUUCUACUUGUACAACAGUCAGAGGGAAGAUUUUCGACAGCAACGUCAUGUGACUGGUCUUGAAGGUGCUGCAGCCUUUGCCAUCAAUGUCUAUGAACAUGUUUCUGGAGGAAACUAUACUUGUCGAUAUGAGACAAACGUUAAUGGACGCCCUGUCCUUUCCCGAUCCAGCCAAUCUGUUUCAGUCAAGGAGAAAGGAAAGUGGGAUCAUAAAUUGAAAGACUGAGAUCACACUGCAGUGAAUUUGGUGCAUCUCUGCCUCAGUCUCUUCGUGCUCAUUGUGAUGGUUGGCAUCAUUGUCGAAUAUUUCAGAAGCAGCUUGCCACUGCCAGGGGACAGAAAGGAUCCGACAAAAUACACUGCUCGCGUCUCCACAACAGGAGUAUGAUGCUUGAUGGGAAUCGAAUCAGUUGCUGUUUCCAAUGUGUCUUCUGAAGAUGGGGUCUGAUUGUGUGCUUUCUGUCGCUCCCUGCCAAUCAUUCCAUACCUGCGGCUUCUCCUGAACUGCACAUUCUCUCCCCCAUACACAGUCAGGAGACUGCAGAGCUUCUUAUCCAAUCAUACAGGAUGGAAGAGGCCCUUCAGCCCAUCAAAUAAGUACUGCCAAAUACAGCUCCUUUAAGGGAAAGACUUUGUCCGGUCCAGCCAAGAUGUGACUCCAGAUCCAUAACAAUGUACUUUCAUCCCAACUGCCCCUUUGGGCAAUUAGGA